ACUAACUUUAUUAGCACACACCCACUUUUUGUGCCAAGGUCAGUAAUAAAAAGAUUAAAUAAUAUUGGUCCCAAAACCGAUCCCUGAGGAACUCCACUGGUAACCUCCCUCCAACCUGACAGUUCACCUUUCAGUAUCACCCGCUGUAGCCUCGACACACUCCCUGGCAGUUAGUGGCUGCUGGGGCAGUUCUCCCAGGCAGGGUUUUCACAGGAAACAGCCAAGGGCUGGAGCACCUUCCCUGCCAUGGGAGGGCUAGGCCCUGAGUCCCCCAGCAGCUGGCUGGGACCCAAGAUGAGUGCGGCAAAGCCUAUCACCACCAUGCUGACAAGUGGUGCAGGCUGGGGGUAGGCACAGGUGCCCCCGCUCUGGCCUUGCCAGCACGGCCUGGCCCAGAGGCCAGCAGCCAGGGGAUUCGUGCACGCAGGGCCUUGAGACCAGCCACUAGUGACACAGGAUCGCUGGGCAGGGAUUAGGGGUGUGGGAGGUUUACGAUGGAGCAGCACAACCAGGGCUCCAGGCUGGCACUCAGGAUACCUGGGUUUUAUUCCCAGGGCUGCAGGCUGAGUCCCCUCCCCAGCCUGGCCCUUUCUCCCAUCCUGUCCACCAGUCGAUUCAGACUCAGCUCAGUGGGGCUGGACCUGGCCAUGCAGCACCUGGGGGCCCCUAACCCACCCCCUCUGUCCCACCACAGGGAGGUGGGUAGAACCAGCCCCACUGAGAUGCUGCAGGGGAAGAGCUCUGGCCGCCCUCCCCCCAACGUGGUGUUCGUGAAGACCCACAAGACGGGCAGUAGCACCCUGCAGAACAUCCUCUUCCGUCUGGGCGAGCGGCGUAAUCUCACCGUGGCCUUCCCUCGCUACACCUACCAGUUCGCCUACCCCCAGCGCUUUGCUGCCACCUUUGUGGAGCCGCUGCCGCCGGGCGCUGCCCGCUACAACCUGCUGCUCAGCCACCUGCGGCUGGCAGCCAGCGAGGUGCAACGGGUCAUGCCCCCGGACAGCCUCUACCUCACCAUCCUGCGUGACCCCGUCCGCACCUUCCAGUCCGUCUUCGCCUACUACCGCAGCACCGUACCUGCCUUCCGGCCCUUCGCCAACCACACCCAGCCCCUGGCUGCCUUCCUGCAGGCCCCGGCGCGGUACUACGACCUGGCUGACAUGGGCAACGGGCUGGCCAGGAACCCCAUGGCCUUUGACCUGGGGCUGGCGGCCGGCGGGGAGGAAGGGGGCAGCCGGUGGGACUGGGAGCUGGAGCGGCUGAACCGGACCUUCCACCUGGUGCUCAUCGCUGAGCACUUCGACGAGUCCCUGCUGCUGGCACGGGAGCUGCUGGGGCUGCGGCUGGAGGAGCUGGCCUACGUGCGGAUCAACGCCCGCCAGGGGGCUGCAGACGAGGCUGCGGCACCGGGGCUGGCGCGGCGGAUCCGGGCGUGGAACUGGCUGGAUGUACAGCUCUAUCGGUACUUCCAGGCCGUGCUGUGGCGCCGGGUGGAACGUUACGGCUACACGCGCAUGAAGGGCGAGCUGGACGCCCUGCGCUUGCUGCUGCGGGAGACCCGGGAGACCUGCCUGGCCGGGGAGGCCGUGGGGCCGGAGGAGACAGCAGACGAGCUGCGGCCCUGGCAGCCUGACACCGCUGCCAUCCUGGGCUACAACCUGCGGCCCAGCCUCCCACCGGCCCAGCAUGCCAGCUGCUAUCGCCUGGUGCUGCCGGAGCUGCAGUAUCACGCCCACCUUUACUACCGGCAGUAUGGCAGGGAGAUGUGCUGCCUGCCGCGUGACUAGUGGGGGACAGGCCAGGGGGCUUUGAUAACCCACCAGUGAGCCCCAGCUGGGCCUCAGGGCCCAGAGCAGCAGCCCAGCCCCCUGGCACUACAGCCCCUCUCUGAGCCACAGCCCGCGAGCAGAGCAAGAGGCAGGGCAGCUGGGUUUUCUUCGCUGCUUUGUCACUGCCCACCUCCCGCUCUGAGCCUGUGACUCCUCACCCUUCGCCUAGCCAGAUGGUGAGCCCUUCAGGGCAGCGCUCGGGACUGCAAGCUCAGUGUGUGCAGUGCCCAGCCUAACCCCUCUCCCCUGCCCCACUGGGGGCUGAGCCGCCGGGAGCCCUGCUCUUAGCCAGAUCCACAGGGCGCUGCUGUAGCACACCCUGGAGAAGCUGGAAGUGGCCCUGCCACACCCUAUGUCACGUGUGCUCCCCAACUUUCUCCUUCCAGCAGGACUUUACCUGAGAGGCCCAAGAAGCACCUGACUUGUGGGGGGGAGCACCCCUGCACACUGUGUCCUGAGCUGGGGGCACCCACAAUAAAUAAACCAGGUCCAUUCAAAACCAGCAGCUGUGGCUCAUGUUCUGACACCGAUGCAGGAAGAGCCUGCUCCGUUGGGCUGCCCUGGGCUAGGGGGGAAUGGGUCAGCUGCCCCAGAGGGGUGCUCAUGGGGGGUAGGGAGAGCCCCCUUUCUUAGGGGGUUUCCAGAGCCACCCCUCACUACACACGUUGCACAUGGCUGGUUCGAUUCCCGUCCUAAAGCCCUCUCAGCCUGCCGACACCCCAUAAGCCAUGGGGCCCCUGGCUCCAGCUUUCCUCUGUGCCAGGGCUGGAUUAGAGCAAUGGAGGGGCUGCCUGGUGCCCACACAGUAGCCCUGUGGCUCUACUCCUGGGACAGCCAUGGGGGAAGGGCCUAGCCCCUCACAUUUGCUAGUAACCACCUCCUGGCUUGGAGGCCUAGUCUCAUUCCCUAUGGUGCGAGGGGUGACGCACCAGGGCAGUGGUCUUGUGGACAGCAGUGCUAAGGUCCCCUAGGGGAUACAGGUGUCCCCCCACCUCACAGGGUCAGUGCCUGCGGAUGGCAGCUCCCUCUGGGGACAGGCUGCAGCUGGGCCAUCUGACCUCUGCACUCCGGUUCAGAGGGGCAGGAGGGUCCCGCCCUGGCAGCCCGGGAGCCAGCAGAGGGCAGAGCCAGACUCCAGCAGGAAACAGCAAAUGACCCGUGCAGCAGUCGAUCAGCUUCAGGGAGCGCUAGAUCCCAGCAAAGUAACAGG